UCCCCAAACGCCAUUGCUGGUGUAAAGUCGAUAUUUUGUGAUGUUUUUAUUCGCCAUCAAAACAAGUUUAUAACGAUGUAAACUACUAUCGCGGAAACCUAAAUAAAAGUGAUAGGCUCAGUUAUGAUGUCUUAGAUGCCCAGUACCAAUAGUACUAUGCCUCUAAUCGAAUAUGGAUACAACAAUACCCGAGUCCCAGGGCAACUGGGCGGGGAAAUCCAACAACCCGAUGUACAGCCUGCAUCGCAUCAUGCACUCAACACAGCAUAUAACGACCUGAAAAAACGCUACAAUGAUCUCGAACAAAAGAAUAAAACGUUGUCAAGAAAACUAAAAGAACUCCAGCGGCCUGAUGGCAUACGCACAUCGUCUCUCUCUAGUGUUGAUUUGACACCGACUGCGUCUAGAGAGAGCUCACCCCAAAUUUCUGGGUCUGCUUUUUCGGCAAAUGGUGCAGUGACGUCAUCAGAAGAGCAGUUGGUGAAUGUGACUCUUCAGCAGUUGGAAGGAAAGCUUUUUAAGCUUCAGGAACAUGAACAAAAAUUACUUGAUGAGAAAGUUCGUUUGACGGACCGAUGCCAAAAUGUUGAGAGAGCAAAUGCUACAUUAUCGUCCGAAAAUAUCGAGAUUAAAAAAGCACAACAGUCUUUUUUCACACAGUUCAAGGCGCGAGAAAAUGACUGGCUGGAUAAAAAUGCCAAGUUGGAAAAUGAGAAUGAACAGUACAUGCGUCAAAAUAUUAGUUUGGAAAAACGCUUCAAGUUUUUAGAAAAGCUGUUGAAAGAACAGAAAGUGAAGAAUUCUUACUUAGAGGAGGAAUAUUUGUUGUCGAAGUCUGAACUGCAGGAAGAGGUGUCCCACUCCCACAUUGGUGAUGAAAAUGAAUCUGUGAUUGAAGAAUUAAAGGGCACUGUCCAUCAGUACCACGUCGAGCUGCGUGACCUUCUCAAUGUCGUCUGUGAUCAGAAGAAGCUUAUUGAUCAGCUCCUGAGUCGGGAGGCUGAUCGAAAUAGUAUCCUUAGUUGCCAUAGGAGGCGCUCCAGAGAUUCGAGUGCAAUUUCCAGUGCUGCCACGUCACAUGGUGCUCGGCCAAAGACAUCCCAGCGGUCGCCUUCCUUCAAGUCGAAACCAGCGUCCUCGCAGCAGGAGGCUGGCUCUGAUAACCCCGACCAGGGGGCAUCAGUUAACUUGCCACAGAAGGAAAUGCUGAAUCCGUAUGAUGGGGUCAUGCAUGAUAAGUAUCACCGACGUUCGACGUCCCAGGGGUCAUAUGAGGCGCGUAGCUUUCAUGGCAGUUCUGGCAAGAAUGGAAGUGAUGUUGAUAAAUCGUGCAAUGAGUACGGGAACCAGUCGUAUAAGGGUGAGGCGAUGGAAAACUGGCUGGGACAGUUGAGCAUGGCCCGGAACGAUUCAUUGGAACAUUUGAAUGAUGACAUGGAGGAUGUAUUUGGCAAUUUGGAUGUUUUGGAUAAUUUAGAUGAUAAUACGGCUGUCGAUCAGGAUCGUGAGGGAAGAUCCCCAUCUGGUGCUACCGCCAGGCCUGGUCUUUACCCAUCAAGUACCCUGCCACGUCAAAGCCACAGACUGACUGUGCAGGACAUGCAAGGCUUCAACACUGGGAAUAGCUUGAACGUGCAGGCUGCUCAUCCGCGUAGCACGAGUGCAGAUCGGGACCGUGAUUCUCGUCGCAGUUCUGCUGGUGUUAUGAAUUCAGAGUUGGAGAAUCGCUAUCGUCCCAAUAGUGCCUCACAACAGCCACGCCCGCUAAAUAUUGAGCGCAACGAGGAUGUCACAAACACUCGUCGUAUUUAUGACAACACCUCUCAAAAUGUUAACUUGAAUGUGCAGACGGAUAAGAAUCGGCCCGAGCGCCCAGAUAAUUUGAUUCUGAACAAUGACCCCCUUGUCGGUCACAAAGUCAUCCCCAACAGGAAUAUCUAUCGCGAGGAGGAAUAUAUGAAAGAAGGCCGCCAGGUUGCAGCCACGCUUGCUGAGGCCAUGCACACGUGUCCGAUGUGUAAUGUUGACUUCCCAACUUCGGCAAUGUCUAUGGAAGAAUUCCAGCAACAUGUUCUGGAAUGUUGCGAUUCAACGGAACCGGCACUACAGCCUUCACCUCUAGUGUCAGGUGGUGCCAGGUUGACUGUGGAGGCUCGCAUCUGUCCCGUUUGUAACAGCGAGUUUCCAUUCUUGAUUGACCAGAAAGAUUUUGAGGACCAUGUGAACGGACAUUUUGAGGAGGAGGAGAGAAAUCGUUUUGAAAUGAUUGAACCAUGAUUGUGGAACCUUAUGGAGUGGCUUGAUAUUAAAAAAAGACUUUGUCGGUGAUGGGGGCAAGGGAAGGCAAUCACGUUAAAUCUGAUUCUGUCCAUCCCUGAAAUUUCUAAGAUCUGAGAAAUGUCCUUGAUGAAAUAAGGACUGAAACCAUAUAGAAUUCAGCAUUAAAGAAAAAUCAAGUUGUCUUGACUGGGAUUCGAGCUUCGGAUCUUCAGAUGGCGAGUCUAAUGCUCUCCUGUCCUGAUUGAGCUAUCAAGGUUCCCCAAAUUAUCUGUUCAAGUGUGAUCCAUGAUCUCUUAGACCCUACAUUAUGAGCAUGUGGGGUGUUAGGAAGUACAUGUAACUAGCAUUCACAAUUAUGUAGAAUUCACACUCAGAUUGUAAGUCUUGUGAAUUUGUAGUUGUAUUUUUCAGAAUAAUGUUGUGGCACUCGUAUCAACUCAAGCGCUUCCUCAUCUAUAUUUUGAUCACUAAUAAAUCAGAAGAACAGCCUUUUUUCUGCAUUGUAAGUCCGUCAUCUUUUAUUUAGAUUUUGUGUGUGUGGGCCAUCAUUAUCUAGUCAUGUUGCUUUGUUAAACGCAUAGAUGGAGGGGCCAAAUAUUUUCUAAAUUGUCUGGGCAGUGUAUAAUGUAUAAAUUUGGCUUUGGUUGUGUCUGAAAAUCUCGGGAAUGGUCCAUACUUUCAGGCAGGAUAUGGACAGACCUCGGUCAUGGUAGGUCAAUCCAGAUAUAUGUGUAUAAAAGAUACUGUUGUAUAUAAUAUGAAUUAUUUCCUUAAUCAAUGCAAACUCGAGUAGUAUAAUUGCUUGAUGGGCACAUCAAAUGCUGUAAAGUGCUUCAUUUACGUGAGUUGAUUCAACAUAAAUUCGAAAGGCACAAAACUCAUGUGUUUGUUCAUUUAGCUAUGACAUGUGAGAUACUACAUGUAUUGAUAAUCUUGCUUAGCCAAAGAAUUGUUAAUAUAUAAUUUGUUUGUCAAUUUUCGUGAUAUACAUGUACUGUGCCAGUAAUUGGCAGUGGAGUGUGCUUGAUGAUACAUGUAGGUGAUUUAUUGCUUACAUGUAUGAAUAUAAUUACAUUUCAAAAGGUUUAAAAUAAUAAAAAAUUGUGAAUUUUUUUCAGACUUUUUUCGCAAAUUGGUAUUUGGAACUCUUCAGCCACCCUUAUACCCCUAAGGUUUUUGCAUCUUAUCAAGAUUUACAUUAUGUUCAUAAAGAUAUACCGCAGCUUCAUUUAAAGGGAGUACAAGAGCACGAGGUUCAGGAUGCUAGUGUAGGCCUAUGAGAUAGAUCAGUGUUGUAGGACAAGCUAACUGCUCACAAAAUGCGUUGUUGAGGGAAGGAAUUUGUUUCACACUAGGCUUUUAUGCAGUGUAAGAUAAGAAUGCUUUUAUGGUGCAUCAAAUCAAGUAUCGGUAAUAAAAUAUUGUAAGAGAUAA